AUGUUCCCUCCUGGCACCGUUCGCCUGGAGGACCCAGAUGCUGUUGCAAGUCGCGAGGGCAUUAUCCUCCAACCGCGACCGACUGAAGACCCGAAUGACCCGUUGAACUGGCCAAACUGGCGCAAAUAUAUAAAUUUUGGGCUCGUCAGCUUCUAUGUCCUCAUGGUUUCCGAGUUUAUCAACUCUGCUGGUCCGACCUGGGGUCCCAUGCAGAAGGAGCUCGGGUUCAGCGAUGAGGCCCUAACUGCGAGCUAUGCCAUCGGGUGCGCAUGUCUCGCCAUUGGCGCUGUCAUGCUUGUUCCCUUUGCUCUCAAAUUCGGUCGCCGACCCCUCUACCUUUUCAGCUCCUUGGUUCAGAUUGGCGUGGGCAUCUGGUCAGCGAAGAUUCAGAAUGUUCCUGACCUCCUGCUUGUCAAUGCCAUCAACAAUAUCUUCGGGGCGUUAGCCGAGGUCAUCGUGCAAAUGACAAUCGCAGACGUCUUCUUCAUUCAUCAGCGUGGUACCUUGAACAGCAUCUACAUCUGGUUCUGGCAAAUAUCUGUCUCCCUUGGCCCAUUCAUCGCUGGCUAUAUCACUACAGGUCAAGGGUGGAGAUGGGUCUGGUGGUGGAAUGCUAUCCUUUUUGGUGCUUUCUUUAUCCUUGUUUGUUUCUGUUACGAAGAAACGAAAUACUGCACUGAGGGUUCACUCGCACCCGCCCAGCCAGAUGUUGAAGAUGAUUCAAAAUCAGCAGCAGAUAGACCCUGGCCAGCCUCGGUCGCUGUCGAGGAGGGUUCACAACAUAACCCAUAUGCUGUCAGGGUCAACUACAACAUUCCCAAAAAGACGUACUGGCAGCGACUGGCGCUUACAACUACCUCCUCAUCUUCUGGUGGCCUCAGAACCCUUCUUAGCCAUAUGUAUCAGCCUAUAAUUCUUCUCACCACUGUUCCAGCCGUUGCCUAUACCGCACUUGCUUACGGCAUCUUGGUUGCCACGUCAGAUGUUAUGUCGACAACACUCUCGCUCUACAUGACCAAGCCACCAUAUACUUUUGCGCCCAAUGAAAUUGGCCUCAUGAAUUUAUCCAAGUUAGUUGGCAGUACAAUCGGCACUCUGAUUGUCGGCCCUGUCAGUGAUACUUUGAUUCUAUGGCUUGCCCGUCGGAAUGACGGCAUCUACGAACCGGAAACGAGAUUGUGGAGUCUUGUCCCUUUUCUUCCUUUUAUCCCUGCCGGGGCGUUGCUAUUUGGACUCGGUCUACAGAAUGGCCUGCCAUGGCCUAUUAUUGCUGUUGCUUUGGCAUUCUUCAAGCUUGGAAUGGCCCCAGUGAAUAGUAUUACUAUCACCUACCUUACCGAUUCCUACCAGGAUGUCAUUGGUGAUGCAUUAGUUGGCGUCACCAUCGUCCGCAAUGCCUUUAGCACAGCCUUCAUUUUCGCUCUCGAUCCAUGGAUUCAUUCUGUGGGUAUUCAAUGGGUCCUUAUAACGAUCGUUCUCAUCACUACUGUAAUUCUCUCCUUGACCGGUGUGUUGAUUAAGUAUGGUAAGCCAUUUCGCGCACACACUGCUGAGAGAUACCAGCGUUUCGCUCUCCUUCAGUACAAGGAGAGAUAA